AUGAGGUGGAUCCUGUUCUUUGGGGCCCUUAUUGGGACCAGCCUCUGUGGCCGAGAAAAAUUUUGGGGGGACCAAGUUUUUAGGAUUAAUGUCAGAAAUGGAGACGAGAUCAGCAAACUGAGUCAGCUAGUGAAUUCGGACAAUUUUAAGCUCCAUGUCUGGCAAUCUCCCUCCACCUUCGGUCGGCCUGUGGAUGUCCUGGUCCCGUCUGUCAGUCUGCAGCUGGUCAAAUCCUUCCUGGCGUCCCAGGGCCUGGAAUACUCAGUGACAAUUGAAGACCUGCAGGCCCUUUUAGAUAAUGAAGAUGAAGAAAUGCAACACAAUGAAGGGCAAGAACGGAGUGGCAAUAACUUCAACUAUGGGGCUUACCAUUCUCUGGAAGCUAUUUACCGCGAGAUGGACAGCAUUGCCGCAGACUUUCCUGCCUUGGCAAGCAGGGUGAAGAUUGGACAUUCAUUUGAAAACCGGCCGCUAUAUGUCCUGAAGUUCAGCACCGGGGAAGGCCGGCGGCCGGCCAUCUGGCUGAACGCGGGCAUUCAUUCCCGAGAGUGGAUCUCCCAGGCCACCGCGAUCUGGACGGCGAGGAAGAUUGUAUCUGAUUACCAGAAGGAUCCAGCUAUCACCUCCAUCUUGGAGAGAAUGGAUAUUUUCCUGUUGCCUGUGGCCAAUCCUGAUGGAUAUGUGUACACUCAAACUAAAAACCGAUUCUGGAGGAAGACACGGUCCCUAAAUCCUGGAAGCCCCUGCGUUGGCACCGACGCGAAUAGGAACUGGAACGCCAGUUUUGCAGGAAAAGGAGCCAGUGACAACCCUUGCUCCGAAGUGUACCAUGGACCCCACCCCAAUUCGGAAGUGGAGGUGAAAUCGGUGGUAGAUUUCAUCCAAAAGCAUGGGAAUUUCAAAUGCUUCAUCGACCUGCACAGCUACUCGCAGCUGCUGCUGUAUCCGUACGGGUACACAGUCAAAAAUGCCCCGGAUGCUGACGAGCUGGACGUGGUGGCCAGGCAUGCGGCCAAGGCUCUGGCUUCCCUGUCGGGCACUGAGUACCAAGUGGGUCCCACCGCCACCACCAUCUAUCCAGCCAGUGGGAGCAGCCCCGACUGGGCAUACGACAACGGCAUCAAGUAUGCCUUCACGUUUGAGUUGAGAGAUACCGGGCACUACGGCUUCCUCCUGCCGGCCAGCCAGAUCAUCCCCACCGCGGAGGAGACCUGGCUGGGACUGAGGAGCAUCAUGGAGCACGUGCGGGACCACCUCUACUAGGCGAGGACCCCGCUUCCUCUACAUCUAUUUGUACCCAUACGCGCGCACACCGAGGCCACCGUCAAAGCCGCUCAUUCCUUCCCGAGUGAGCCGGAGCCCUCUGGGCCUGCAGAGUUCACAGGCCUGCCCCUCUCCAGCCCGCGCCCUGGAGUCGUGCGCCCUGGCCCUGGCCCUGGCCCUGUGCCAGGUGCUGUGCCCGCUGCUGGAUUUUGGUGCUGCUGCUGAGCCUUUGUCCGCCUCUCCGUCCACAUGGCUGGCUGGGCGGCCACACUGAGGGCCAUCCCUUCCCGGGGAGCAAGCCUCUACCUCAUUUUUAGGACAGAACCAGCUGAGAUGGUUCUGUAGCCAAACUACACGGGAGGCACAGUGGGAGGCAAUGCUUAUCUUUGGUGGAUCUCAAAGAUGAUGCAGAACUUUAAUUUCUCCCACUCCUUUCGGAAUAUGGUUUUCUUUGAGCAAUGAAUCCUGUGGGGUCAUCAGGAUAGGUCUCUCCUCCUGGCCCCUUUCUUUUUAGUCUGAAUACAAAGUAGAGGAUCACUCUCCGCCACCGGGCUGGGAAUUUCUAGAUACCACAGUUCUUAUCCUUUUUGUCCCUUCAUUAUUCAGUGUCACUGGGAUGGCAGGAGGGGAUCUAUGUCCCUCUAGGCGCUGCUCUCCAAGGAAGGCUGGACGAAGAGGUGACCGAAGUCUCAGGAUGGCUAAAUUAGCCCCAUCUGUCCUGAGGGACACCCCUCCUCUUUGCCUUUUGAACUCACUUCAAAGAUCUUGCCCUCACCCUCCAGGUCCUAAAUCAUUCCCCUGGUCUGGAUAAUCUCACUGCCUCGGCACAUUCCUGUUUGUGCUCUGGUGUUUGCUUCUCCCGGCGUGUGUGUGUGUGUGUGUGUGUGUGUGUGUGUGUGCGCGCGCGGAUGCGUGCGUGUGCGUGCAUGUGCACGCACGUGUGUGUUUAAAGUUGUCCUCUUCUAUUGUGUAUCCCGGACCAUGAGCACCUAAGUGGAGCAAGAAUUCAUCAGUCAGAUGCCUCUUGUUCCAUUUCUCUUCUGUAUGCACCAUCUGUCCUUUUUUGUUUUUUGUUUUUGUUUUGUUUUUGGUUUUUCUGCUUUUUCUUUUCAAACAUGUCUGUAAAUCUUCACCUUCUGCCUAGGAUUUGGGCAGCAUCUGUUGUGUACUCAGAAGCCAAUAAAUAUUCAGUAUGAGUCUCA